AUGUGUCGCGAGGUUGAUACUCCCAAUAAGUUUGGUGACAAGCAGUGGCUCGGCUUUGAGCAUGUUACAAUGACCCCAAUUGGACGUAACCUUAUUGAGCCAUCUUUGCUCAGCGACGCCGAGAUCAAGUGGGUGAAUGACUACCAUGCCGAGAUUUGGGACAAAACACACCACUUCUUCGACAACGACGAGUUGACCCGGAAGUGGCUUGAGCGUGAGACUCAGCCCAUCUCGAAAUAA